AUGAUUCAGUUGGCUCCAGCAAUGCCAGCCAUGGACGCUGCAAAUUUGGUAUGGACUUGCAUUGUACAUGACUUUGAGACUGGAGCAUUUACUUUGGCCCCAAAGAUUCUACCUAUAGGAGCACUUCUAGCAGGCAGUCGAGAAGGAGAUUCAGUUGGAUGCUUCUGGCCAGAAGACUUAAAUUGUUCGAAAUGGCUGGACCAACAACCACCCAAAUCAGUCAUACAUGUUGCAUUUGGCAGCUUCACUAUUUUUGACAAAACCCAAUUCCAAGAAUUAGCAUUAGAACUUGAACUCUCCUGUAGACCAUUCUUGUGCGUCGUAAGGCCAGAUAUUACCACCUACACAAAUGCCUACCCAGAAGGAUUUCAAGAGAGACUGGCCAACCGUGGGCAAAUGGUUGGAUGGGCACCUCAGCAGAAGGUUCUCAGUCACCCUUCUAUAGCCUGUUUCUUGAGCCAUUGUGGUUGGAACUCCACCAUGGAAGGUGUAGCUAAUGGAGCCCCUUUCUUGUGCCGGCCAUACUUUGCAGACCAAUUCCUUAAUGAAAGUUACAUUACUGAGGUUUGGAAGGUGGGGUUGAAGUUUAACCGCAGUGAAAGUGGGAUAAUCACCCGAGAAGAAAUUAAGAAUAAGGAGGAGCAAGUUCUGAGUGGUGAAAAUAUAGUUGCAAGGGCUUCAGAAUUCAAAGAAAGAGCAAUGAAAAGUGCUGGAGAAGGAGGUCAGUCCAGCAAGAAUUUUAAUAAUUUCAUUGGAUGGAUGAAGGCUUGA